AUGUCCACGGCCUCGAAGGCUUUCCUUGGACAAAGGCAAUGUGGGCAAUCUCUAGAUCUUCUCACGAAGUCUAGAGAUCAAUGAAGUGGGUCGUCGAAUUGUCUCCGGCGGCUGUCACCCGGCGGAGCGGAAAAACGGCGACUUUGCAGCUCUCCGACGGCUGUCACCCGACGGAGAGGAGCUGGAUGGAGGUGGGGCGCGUGUUAGGGAGCUUCAUCCUCAGGUCCGCGCAGCAAGAGGAGGCUCUUCAUCGCAUCUGGUACGCUCUCAGGAGGUGGCGACUAGUCUCCCGGCGGAUCGUCCUCUUCCCGACGACGGCUUGUUCGUCGAUCAAUCGGAGAUGAUUUACUCGAUGGAUUCGCGAUCCUUUUAUCGCGAAUUGUUCAGCAAUUUUAGUAGCAAUGCUCCGCGAAUCGCGUUGACGAGAUUUUCGCCGAUGAUCCAGCGAUUCUCGUUGCUUAAUCCUUCACCGGCGAUCUGCAAGAAAGUCACGAUAAUCAGAUAAAAGUAUAUGAAUUUUGACUCUGGGAGGAUUCGAACCCAUGCCAGUCGCCCCCGCCUCUUCUGAGGAAGGUGUGGGUUUAGUCCCACAUCGGUGCCGAGUUUUCGGGCGAAUAUAUAGUAAUGUUAGCUUUGUGAGCAAAGUCCCUUCUCUUGCAUGUACGACCACUCCUUGCGCCAUAGCUGGCUGGCCACCAGUGACGUGGAAGGGGAGUGGCGUACGCGUGCCUGUCGGUCCCAAAGCCAAGCCGCUCGAGCCCUUGCUCGCGGCUUACUCCCCGACUGUGCUUCCGACCCGCUCGCGGGCACGGUUGGCCGGUGGGUCCCCUCAUUUUUGCAAUAUUUUUAUUUUUAUUUCUUGUUCUUUAUUUAUCUCAAAAGUAAGACUGUAAAAAUUGUAUAAAAUCACAUAAUUACCCAAAAAUUCACGUUAAUCAAUUGAAAACCAAAAAUCAUUCUUUAACACAAAUAUAAGUCUAUUUAUCAUGAGUUAAGGCUAAAACUAUAUUAUUUACUAAUUAUUAACUCAUGAUAAUGAAGACUUAUCAAUUAUCACGACUUUUCUACAGAUCACUGGUGAAGGAUUAAGCAACAAAAAUCGCUGGAUCAUCGGCAAAAAUCUCAUCAACGCGAUUCGGGGAGCAUUGCUACUAAAAUUGCUAAAUGAUUUGUGAUAAAAGGAACGCGAAUCCAUCAAGUAAAUCAUCUCUGAUUGAUCGACGAACAAGUCGUCGUUGGGAAGAGGACGAUCCGUCGGGAGACUAGUCGCCACCUCCUCAGAGCGUACCAAAUGCGAUGAAGAGCCUCCUCUUGUAGUGUGGACCUGAGGAUGAAGCUCCUUGACACGCGCCCCACCUCCAUCCAGCUCCUCUCCGUCGGGUGACAGCCACCAGAGAGCCGUAAAGUCGCCAUUUUUCUACUCUACCGGGUGACAGUUGUCAGAGACGAUUCCACGACCCAUUUCAUUGAUCUCAAGACUUCGUGAGAAGAUCUAGAGAUUGCCCACGUCAUCUUUGUCCAAGGAGAGUCUUCGAGGUCGUGGACACUGCACGACGAUCCUCCCGAACACUUAG